CGGACAUAGGACCAUAUGGCUUGUUACAUGGAUUAUAAACUCACCCUUCGCACACGAUCGGAAGAAACCUACCGCUUACAAGAUGCUGAAGAAACAGGCGCUUAGCGGACUUCGCCAGUUUUCUUUAGCAACAAAAUCCCCCUUUGUUACGAACAGAUUACAAAACUCUAAAAAAUCAUGGCUAAAUGCCGCAAAAUUUGCAAGCCUUAGAUGUGCUUCUACGGAAGCCGCUAGGAAGAACAAGGGUACCAUUAAACAAGUUAUCGGUGCCGUUGUUGACUGUCAUUUUGAAAAUUCUGAAUCUUUACCUAGUAUUUUGACCGCUUUGGAGGUGAAUAUGGCCGACAAGCGUGUUGUAUUGGAAGUUGCCCAACACGUCGGUGAAAACACCGUCCGUACUAUUGCUAUGGAUGGUACUGAGGGUUUGGUACGUGGUACCGAUGUUAUUGAUACCGGUGCUCCCAUUAGUGUUCCCGUCGGUCCUGGUACUUUAGGUCGUAUCAUGAACGUCAUUGGUGAGCCUGUCGAUGAACGUGGCCCCAUCGAUGCUGUCAAAUACUCCCCUAUUCAUGCUGAUGCUCCUUCUUUCGCAGAUCAAUCUACUACUCCCGAAGUUUUGGAAACCGGUAUUAAAGUCGUCGAUUUGCUUGCCCCUUAUGCCCGUGGUGGUAAAAUUGGUCUUUUCGGUGGUGCCGGUGUCGGUAAGACUGUUUUUAUUCAAGAGUUGAUCAACAACAUUGCUAAGGCUCAUGGUGGUUACUCUGUUUUCUGCGGUGUUGGUGAACGUACCCGUGAGGGUAAUGACUUGUACCACGAAAUGCAGGAAACCGGUGUCAUCAAAUUGGGAGGCGACUCCAAGGCUGCUCUUGUCUUCGGUCAAAUGAAUGAACCCCCAGGUGCUCGUGCCCGUGUUGCUUUGACUGGUUUGACUGUCGCCGAAUAUUUCCGUGACGUUGAAGGCCAAGAUGUCUUGUUUUUCAUUGAUAACAUUUUCCGUUUCACUCAAGCCGGUUCUGAGGUAUCUGCCUUGCUUGGUCGUAUCCCCUCUGCUGUCGGUUACCAACCCACAUUGUCCACUGAUAUGGGUGCUAUGCAAGAGCGUAUUACCACUACCAAGAAAGGUUCCAUUACUUCCGUCCAAGCUGUUUAUGUCCCAGCUGAUGACUUGACCGAUCCUGCUCCUGCUACUACCUUCGCUCACUUGGAUGCUACUACUGUCUUGUCCCGUGGUAUUUCUGAGCUUGGUAUCUACCCUGCCGUUGAUCCUCUUGACUCCAAGUCUCGUAUGAUGGAUCCCCGUGUUAUUGGUGAGGGACACUACAAGCUUGCUGGUGAUGUCCAACAAAUGCUUCAAGAAUACAAGUCUUUGCAGGAUAUCAUUGCUAUUCUUGGUAUGGACGAAUUGUCUGAAGCUGACAAGUUGACUGUUGAACGUGCUCGUAAAAUUCAGCGUUUCAUGUCUCAACCCUUCGCUGUCGCUGAAGUCUUUACUGGUAUCGAGGGACGCUUGGUUUCUUUGAAGGAUACGAUUCGUUCCUUCACUGAAAUUGUUGAGGGUAAGCACGACUCCUUGCCCGAAUCUGCUUUCUAUAUGGUUGGCUCCAUUGACGAUGCCAUUAAGAAGGCUGAGAAGAUUGCCCAAGAGCUUAAGGAGUAAACAAACGUGGAAUAAAUUUUAAAAGUGUUCCACUUGUAUGUUUAUUAUGCUUAUGUCUACGCUCAUUUAACAACUAGGCAUAUCGUGAUAUGUCCUUCUUGAUCAAAUUAAUUAACUAACGUCUGAUGACAUUCUAUCUUUUUAACAGAUAUCUGACUUUGAUUUUACUUUUUACUAUCCUUCCUCUUCUCAUCAGCAGCAGACAGUUAUAAUGCUUUUUUCUCUGAUAUAUGUAGUAUUCAAAAAUGAUACUUGUUUUCAGAGGAUUCUGGUUUAGUAGCGUGCUAGUAAUAUUAAACGUAGUGAGUGAUUCAAGUAUCGCUUUGAAUGAA